AUGGGCGACAUCUCCUGCGAUAACGCCAUAGAAGCGUUAACCCAGGAGUCAAGCAGCACAGGGAAGGAUCUCCUGGAGACCCUCCAGGAACACGUCAAGAACCGCUCUGAUUCUAAUGCAGCCACGGAUUUCCUUGUAGAAAUCUCACAGGUUCCGCCCACAGGCAUCCGAGUCAAUACCAAGGAUGUCCUCCUCGCUAGGACCUUCUUCCUUGACUACUCCGUCCAGAUCAUGCAGGCUCUUUUGCACUACAGCCUGGCGGGUGGCUUCGCAAGCCCGCGUAUAGUGAAAACUCUGCGCGCAGUGUCGUACUUGAUGACCCCAGAACGCCAAGGCAGCGACAUAGAACAAGAGUCCAAAGCCGCAGACGAUCGCACUUUCUCGCGAUUGCUCGAGACGAUGCAAUUCUUUCUGGAUGUCAUGGGAUGUACCGUGGUGUCAGCAAAUGCAGAGAGGGACGUUAACGAACACAUGCCUGACUUGUACCUGCUUCCAGGAGGUGACGGCUGGAAGGCGUCAUCGUUCUCGACGGUACCAAUAUGGACCUUAAAGCGACUUCACCUACACCCGGACCCUGAGCAAGUCCGCGCAUACCUCGGCGUCUGGCGUCACAUCGGCUUCUACCUUGGCGUCUCUCCAGAAAUUCUCGCGCGGUACCUCAGCAGUCCGGAUGCAGCAGACAAGUUCCUCGCCUCGGUGACGCUCGACCUAUUCUCCUCGGGCUCCCCGCUCGACCCGCGCACGAUCCCGACGCUCCCGAUUCUGCGCGCAGUGUCGCACCGCCCGCCGCGUGCGUCGUCCCUCGCGCACAACUGUGCGCUCACGCGGCACCUCGUCGGCGACGCCCUCGCGGACUACCUCGGCCUACCGCGCACGCCGCUCCACAUAUACGUCAAGCUGCGCUGGUCGCUCCUCGUGCAGAGCGUCCCUGUGCUCUUCGGCAGGUGGUACCCGCGCCGCGGUUGGGCGGAGAAGCGCAGGGAGGUCAUGCGCGAGGGCCUCUCGCGCAGCGUUCGUUGGAGCCUGGGCAUGCGUCGGGCGACGUUCCGCCCGAGGACGGAUGUUCGUGUACCUGCUGAGGCGGGGUCUGAGGAUAUCGGCGGUGAGCUGGCGGACGGGGUUAGGGAAAUCGAAGCUGUCCAGCCAGACUUUGCGGGCGGAAGGGUUCUAUUAAGGAAGUGGAGAGAGGUUGUUUAUGAAAUGGUCGCAGUGUGUGCUGGAGCAUCGUUGGUCUUGGUUGCCAUUGCGUGGCAGGUAGUGGUCACAACUUGA